ACAUAACGUCGAAAGUUCAGAAAGCAGAACUACGGGAUCUACUUAUUAAUCCCCAUUUCAAGAAAUGGGAGUAGAUCGUUACUAAGGUUACUUGCAGCAAACUGUCGACCAAUAAGAAUGCAGCGAAAUCCGAAUUUACAUACAAUGCUCUUGUGCGAAAUUACUGUUUUCAAUUACAGGGGUGGAGAUUCUUUGGUAGAUACAAUAGGGGGAUUGUUAAGUAGAUCCGAGUUUCGCUCAAAACCUAUAACCACGGCGGGCAAUUGCAUCCGAAGCGUCGAAAUGUUUUAUAGUAAAAUCUGGAUGCUCAUAGCAGUAUUUAAAAAUUAGGCUAGCAUAAUCAUCGGAUAAUCGACGAUCUCGCAUUUUGAAUUUGGCCUGACAAAAAAUUCAAGGUUGUUGGGCUUCAGAUUUUGCAUGCAAAAAAGCGUCGAAAAGCACUGAUUGCUCAUUUUAAUUAAUUCUGUCUGUCCGAACUUUUUGCUACUAAUUAUAUUAUACUUCAAAACCAAUAUAAUUGCUGACUAGCCGACAAUGGGCAGCGGAGAAGAGCUUUUCCCUGACCAAAACAAUAACGGGUUUUCACUGACGCAAAAGUUGACGACCGGGAAAUCCUGCUCGAGUGUAUUUACAAAUUUAGUCCUCGAAAUUCAAUCGCAACUGCAAACCAACACUGAUUCACUCAAGGAACGACACAAACAAUACAAAAGGAAAAUUCUCGAACUAGAGGAAAUUCAGAACACUCUUUCUCGUGAAAUCGAAGCCGAAACUCAACUCCUCAGCGACAUCAGAUCAAACGUGAACAGAUUAUGUGCAGUUGUGGACCUAAAACUACCGGACUCGAAAACGAUUCCUCCCGAAGCGGCGACAGAGCAGCUGGCUCAUUUGAAACUCCAGAUCAAAGACAAAGAGAAGCUAUUAGAAGAAGUGCAAUUGUGGCUGCCUAAAAAGAACGCGUGGAUGUUGAAAGUGCAUCUGGGAAGCAUUAAGGCUUCCUUUCUGAAAAAAGAGGAUAAAUUGGCGUAUAAAGAGGAAUACGAGCGAUUCAAAUACAUCUUCACAAUCGUCUCAAUAGUCUUUGCUUUCACAAAUCUCUUCAUCGUUAACUCUAGAAUCACAGACUCUCUUUAUCAUUUUCUGCUGGUGUGGUACUAUUGCACGACGACUCUGCGUGAACACGUUCUGAGGACGAACGGGAGUCGCAUCAUGCCUUGGUGGCUGGUGCAUCAGUACCUCACAAUUGUGGUGUCGGGAGUCCUUCUCAUGUGGCCAGAGGGAUGGAGUUACACUGAGUAUAGAAGAUACUUUCUCUACUUCUCUCUCUACCUCGGAUUCGUACAGCUGUUGCAGUAUUACUACCAACGAGGUCAUCUCUACAGGUUGCGUGCGCUGGGUGCGAGUAGCAACAGCCAGAUGCGUAUCACAGUGGAGGGGUUCCAGGGCUGGAUGUGGAGGGGUCUGACCUUCAUGAUUCCAUUCCUCCUCGUCAUCUACUCUUUGGAGCUGUACAACUCCUUCAUCCUCUAUAAUCUCUCCUUCCAUCCCAAGUGCUCUGAGUGGCAGGUUCCAGUAGUGGGCAUUCUGUUUUUCUUUCUGGGUUCUGGGAACUUUCUAGCGAUACUGCGAGUCAUCUGGAAAAAGUUCCGCACCAACAAGGAUUUUGGACUGAACGCCAAGUACAAAGCCGCCUAAUGAGAAAAACGAACGGAAAGAAACAGCCGAUCAUAGUGAACUUAUCUUAUUGCUCAUUUUGGCACUUUUUUGAGAUCUGAAGAUAGAAAUGGUGUCGUCGAAAAAUAUUUGCCUAAAUGCAAUUUAAAAAAAGUUGAAA